GUAAUGAGAAGGUACAGGAUAUUAGUACAUGGGCCUCUUACCUAGGUUCCUGCCACCUCGAUCGAUAUUGUAGAUGCCAAUGGAAAAAAAAGCAAGACCCAACCCUUAGCGUCUUGUCGAUCUCCCUUCCACUUGCCAUUCGCGGUUUACUUCAAUUCUGAGCCUCUACAAUAGACUCAAGAUCUCCGAUUUGUCGGGAUAUUCCAUCUCCAAUCAAGGCAAUGGUCUCGAUUUCUUCAUUCCUUCGACUUUUAGGUUCCUCUCUCGGUCUCUUCUUCUCAGGAACACAUCCAAUGCCCACUCGGAACUCAAUCUCACCUUGACCUGGAUACGGGAAGGCACGCCCAUCGUUUUUGACUUUAUGGCUUUUAGCUCUACUUCGGAGAUCGAUCCACGGCAGUAGCUCGGUGGCCUAGCAUCGCGCCUUGGUGUCAUCGCCGCUAUCUAUCCCGUCUUAGUUUCAACCUAAGUUUCAAAUUACCUCAACGCGCCCUGGUCGCUCCCGCGGGUCCUGGCUUCACCUUUGCUCUGUCGAGCAACGACUGGCCUUUGGUCCUCUCAGGCGCUGCCCGCCUCGGUGAAUCGAACCACCAUCACUCAACUCAAUUUUAUCAACAGACAUUUUGGUCCAUGUCACGCCAGCCGUCGUCCACGACCUUUCGAAGCUUAAGCUCUCGGUCUUGCUUCUCUUCAGCCACCGACCAUCUUGCCUCUUUUCUCUCGCUCUCACUCUCAGUUAUUCGCACAUGGGACAAUAGGCGGCUCCAAUCUUACCUGCCGUCCUCAUGAUUUGGUACUUCCUGUACCCACUCCGAGGGUCAGUCUUAUGCCCCCCGAUCCCUACCGUGCUUCCGUUCCCCGCUCCGUCCUCCGUAUUCAGCUCACAUUUUGUUGUAGAACAACGGAAGCUCCGGUUCUCGCGCCUGCUCAUCCUAUACGCCGCGUCCUUCAUCGAUAUGGAUCAUACGCCGCCAGCCAUGUUGUCGCAACUCUCCUCGUUUCGGUCGUCGUGGCUACCAUGCUAACUUAUCCCAUCCCUUACCUCUUUACAAGUGACUACGUCAACGGCGCUUCUAACCUCCCUCAUCAUGCUUGGACUGUAGCUCAGCCACUACCUUAUGGUGCCAGCAUUCAUCCCGAUGUCAUGAUGCGCUCAAUCUGGGUCCAUGGCAGUUAUAUGCAGGCAUUGGAACAAGACCUGCUUGUUUCUGCCUUGGAGCUGCAAAAUGAGUUGCUUGGAAGCACUGAGAACUUUCGCCCGAUCCGCGCUCGACAUGUUGCCCGUUCUUUACCAGAACCAGGAACCGAUCUCUCGACAACUCAACGGGAUGCUUUUCAUGCUAUCAACGGCUUGAAUAACCAGUCUUGGUUCUUUCACUCACCACUUCAGUACUGGGACUGUAUAAAAGAGAACAUAUUAGUCGACCCUGACAUCCUGGCAACCGUCAACGACAAAAAGACCCAGUCUACAUCAGUCAAUGUCACGCUCAGACACUCCAUCGUUUUUAGUGGAAAACGAUUCGAGGAACGUCGUCUCGUUGCUACUGAUGCUCUCGUCAUUACACUCGUUUAUCUACGAGAUUCGCCCGUCGGCCAACAGUGGGAAAGAAAAGCCGGCUUGCUACCUGGCAAGGUUUCGAAUAAAUGGGACAUCUACCCUUCUGACGGUCGGUCAACCUCGAGCCAGCUUUAUGAGUUUCAGUUUCGCCCUAUAUCUCGCAAAGAUACGGCUAUUCUUGCAGUCGCGUACAUCUUAACGUCAUUAUACUUCCUUAUGAGCUUAUCAAAACUGAGGGCUUUCAAGUCCAAGUUUGGCCUCAUUGUCACGAUCGUGUCCCAGAUUGCUUUCUCUGUCAUGUCAAGCUUCACCGUGUGCGCCAUCUUCAGACUUGACCUAUCACGCAUCCCAAGAGCAGCUUAUCCACUUGUUGUUCUCUCCAUGAGUCUCGAGAAUAUCUUCAGGCUUAUCAAUGCCGUCAUCCUUACUCCUCCUGAAGACUCAACGAGCAGCCGUAUUGGCAAUGCGUUUGGAGAAACUGCCCAUACAGCUAUCACCAGUUCACUGCAAAACGUAUUUCUUCUGUUGAUUCUUUCACGCUGGGUGUCCCCUGGUGUUUCGGCUUUCUGCUUAUUUGCCGCUGUCGCGAUUGUUUUCGACCUUUUUUACCUCUCGACCUUCUUCUUGUCUGUUCUCAGCGUUGAUGUCCGGCGUACCGAGCUUAGUGAUGCGCUUGCCAAAGCUUCAAUGCGUCAUAAUCGUAGAGGCUCUGAUUUUAAGCCUCGUGGAACGUGGGAACUUGUACUUCAAGGCAAAGCGACCUUGUCGACACGCAUAGCAGGCACUAUCAUCAUGCUUGGUUUCGUUCUCAUCGCCCAAUGGCACUUUUUUGAGGAAGGCACUGUCUUUAACUUCUUUUCACGCCUUCAUCGAGGAUAUGGCGCCCUGGAAAGCAGUGGCUCGUCACAGAACCCUCUGGACUCUAUACACCAAGCACGCAGCCCUAAGUCCUGGCUUCGUUUACAGGACCACGAAACAGCUCAAGAAAUCAUCAGUAUCAUUAAACCCACGGCACAUAGCUACGUUGCGAGAGUAUUUGAGCCGGUUGUCUUCGUCAUGAAAGGUUCGGAUCGUAUGCCUCAUCUUAAGGAACCGACUCUACUACCGGCACUUUAUGACUUCAUCAACCAUCAACUCACUCGAUUUGUUGUUUUACUUUUGGUCGUGAUUGCGGGUGUCCGGCUGCUCACAACGUUCCUCCUGUGGGAAGACGAAAGUGACGAUGAUGAUCGCCACUUGGAUACGGAUCCCACACUUGACGUCAAGUCUUUUACUGGAGGGCACAGACUGGAUGUUGUAAUGCUUACCGCUGCGGCUGAUGGCCAUGUUGUAUCAGUCGGAUUGGAUCGCACAAUACGAGUUUGGGAUGCCCGGCACGACAUAAUCCCAUACACCAUCGUUGAUGGCUGCCGCUCAGAUGAUGCCCCUUUUCCCGUGCUCGCCAUGACUAUCGAUGACAACUCCAAGUGGCUAGCCAUAUUAUCACCCUUCAAGAUAGCUUUAUGGAACAUAAAGGACAAAGUUUGGGGGCCUCCGCUCUCCGCCAACCUUCAAGGCCAGAAAUCCGAAGCCUUCUUUUUCGGCUCGUCCGACAUAAAUAGCGAUAUUCCUCGACUGGUUCUCGUACGCAGAAACGGGACACUUACCGAGUUCAUGCCAGAGGCUGGAGAAGGGGCAGACUACGGCAUCUGCAGAAGUCCACUUACAUGUGUCAGACCCCUAAUUGGGAAGCGGAGCAAGCAGGCAGCGCCGUUAAUUGCCAUUAUUACCGCAUCUAGAAGAGGCUGUGUUCACGCAGCGACAAGAGAGACACUUUCCUGGAAUUCCCGAAGUGUUCAUCUCGAGGGCAUUGAACAAGAUGGGGUUCAUCAAGUAGUGCCUCUUUCGUCAUUGGGUCUCUUCUUGAUUGCAGGAGCUAGUCGCGUUCAUCUCGUGGAUAUGGAAGACUAUAAUCUUAUAUAUACGUUUUCAACGGAGCUUAUGGCCCAGCGCUCACUUCAAAGCGCUUUCUUCACCCGGCCUUCCUCACAGCCAGGGUCCAAUGGCCUUACAUGGUUUACCUUGUGCUAUACUGGAGCUGAGUCAGGGGAUUGCAUCGUACAAACCUUCGUCCCUCCUGAAGAGCAUGUCAUGAUUUAUUACCAGAGCUCUGUGGUCCCCGAAGCUCGAGGCUGGUGUGCGUGGGAAUCAGUCAAGGAAACAAAAAGACAUAUAGAGAACCCUGGCUCAUGGAGUGUUCUAUCUGACGGUUGUGUUGUGGGCAUUCGGCAAAAGUCAACUCGAGUUCUAGAUGUCGAAACCAACGGACGGCGCAAAGCAGAUGGGCUUCGUCACCGAUCCCCGCGCAAAGAACCAGGACGGGAUUUGUUUGGUCGUUGGGAGAUUUGGACCGCGCCACAGAGUGGCCAGUUAAGAACUGACGAGACGCGACCGUUAUUUCAAGACAACGAGAGAGCUGGACACUUGAUCGUGACAGAUAUUGGCCCCAUGGUUCGAGUCGGCCAGCGAUCAGUUGCCUUUAGCUUUGGGAAUGUGGUGAAACUGGUCACAGUUGGAGGGCACGAGCGGUUUGAGAACGGUAUGGCAGAUAAGAGCCUGGAGCAUUUGAAUAUCGGAAGCAGGCGUCGAAAGCCAGGCGCGCUGGUACGGCCUAGAGCUUGGACUUAGGCUUACCAGCGAGGAUUGGAACUUUUUAUCUCGGAAUAAUGGGCGUUUGGCGGGCAAGGACUGUCGUGAGUUUUAGGCACACACGUCCGGGUUGGAGUAGAGAGGCGCAACGGAGUGGCUUUUCUAUAGCUGGGAAUAUUCGAUUGGAGUCAGGAGAAGGCACACAAACAGACUGGUGCGGAUACCAUAGAUGGUUGGAAACAAUUUCAGUGUUCAGGGGGAGUAGAUACUGUGGCAACAUAGGUUCAUAUUUUCCAGUGCUCAAUUACUGUCUGUGCCUGUUUGUAUUCUUUCCAAGGUCGACGAGGUUAAAUGGUUUACGGCAACAAACCGCCCAAUAUUGGAC